AUGAUGAGUCUCACGAGAUCAUGGUUACUCGCCUUUUUGGGGCUGGUUGUAUUGUUUUCGAUAGAGAGCGCCAAAGGACAGGCCAGCAAUCUGACCGUGUUGAAUCUUCCGAUGGUGCAAGGCGACAGGAAUAAUGUGACUCAUCAUGUGCCAUCCACUACAACGACAAGCGAUGAUGAUGCCAUGACCUUUGAGAGUUGGGGCCCUUGUGCUCGCGCCUCGUUUGACUAUAUAGAUCUGACUCCACAAGACGUAGUCGAACCCUGUAUUCUCUACGAUACCAUGCCUCCCAAUCGGACCGACUCCAAUUCCUCCUUUCUGGUGACACUGGUACAGGUCACUCCAGCCGCAUCUUCCUGUUACAGCAUGCGCGAUGGUGCCCUGGUGAGUGUGGAACUUCUCAAUGCCGAGAAUGACGGCCGAGGCGUCGCCAUUGGCUUCCAUCGCAACUUUUACAUUCAGUUUCGACUGGUCUCUGUCAUUGCCGGCAAUGGAGAUUACAAUGGCACCGACUACUACUUUGCCCGUCAUGCACACGUCUUGAGUACAGCAAUCACGGCACUCCGGCCACAAUACAUUAUUGGAACCUGUUCCUUCUUUUCCCAGCCCGAAGCACAAGUUGCACUUCAGCACCAAACCAUGCUCUUGGCACAAGUGGGACCACCCAGUUACUAUCAAACGGGAAAUCCCUACAUUUUUGGAUUCCAUCUCAACAGCGACAAUUAUCCACUGCCGGCCGUACGAGCCUUGGGAUUUUCCGCCGCCUCGAAGGAUCAACCCGUACGAGUCCUCUAUCGGACCGUCGCCGAAUUUUUUUACUCGACUUGCCGCUCCGCUAUCGAUGCACUGAAAGAACUGGGAUUUACCAAUGUCAUGCAAGUUGAAUACGUUCCCGAUGACGAUCAUAAUGGAGAUGGGAUUCAGAACCAAUUCGAUCCCGCGUUUCUUCAUGCACUAGCCGAUCAGACGUGUCCUCCCAACAAUACGCAACAUCCCGCCAUUUUUGCCUGUUUCCGAUCGGAACAAGACAUUGUACUACCGCGAUGGCUCCAGAAUGGAUGUCGACCGUCAUCCAUAUGGCUCACACCAGCCACGUGGGGGUGGGCGACCGCCAAUCCCGAUAAGAUUCCCUACAUGCAAGGAGGAGGACAAUGGCAUGAAGCCUUUACGUACAGUGAUGCAUACUAUGCGUCCGGACAAGACUUGUUGGUUCAAAGUGAACAACGGUUUGGGUAUUUUGGCACGUACGAUUUUGUCGUGAGCUAUUCCAUCCCCAUGUUGUUUGUGGAACACUUGAAGAACACCUACCGGGUGACGGAUCAUCCGGAUCCGGAAACCGACUUUCAAACCAAUUACGAAAUGCUCCGACGGAGCAUGGUCAUUUUGGAUGGCACAACACUCUUUGGACCCGUCUCAUUUGAUGACAAUCAACGAAAUAUUGGAAGAGCACCCGCGGGAACACAAUGGUUGACCAAUAGCACUAAUCUGCACAAUAAGGGGUCUGCUCUCAUGAAUCAUGAAAACGACAAUAAUAAGUCGACACGGCAAGACAUUGUGUCGGUCUACAACAAUUAUCUGGUAUCGCCCGAUUUUAUGGCUCAAGCCGAAAUCGAGUUUCCCGCGCCCAGCGGCAUGGACUGCCCCCCAGGACAGUUCUUUAACGAAUCCUUGGCCAUGAAUAGCUCCAGUCUGCUCACCGAAAAAUGUUCGCAAUGCCCAACGGAUACCGUCACAUACGAAUACAAUCAAUUCAUGAAGUGCCUGCCAUGUCCCACGGGAAGUACGACGCAGGGACGAAGUGGAGAGACCGCAUGUUACUAUGAAGAUGAACACUUGAUCCCCGAUGGGGUACGAAUCUUUGGGUAUUUCAUGGUUUCCGUCACAUGGGCUCUGGCGAUAUUCUUCUUGUCAUGGCUGAUUCGAUGGAGGCAGGACCCAGUGAUGCAGAUUGCACAAGUCUCCUUCAUGUCGUUGAUUUGUGUGGGAGCUACCAUUUCGUCGUCGACGAUCAUUGCGCUGAGUUGGCAAGCCGGGGUCGGCGAGGACACGAGCGCUGCGACCACGGCAUGCCGCGUGGCACCCUUUCUCUAUUGCACCGGUUGGGUAUUGCAGUAUGGCUCUCUGACGGCCAAAACGAAUCGACUGUACAAGAUUACGAGGAGAAACAGCUACGAGCGAAGGACCAUCACAUCAUUGGAAUCGGCAUGGAUCAUUGCGCUCAUCCUGGCGUUGGAUCUGGCCGUGGUGGUGACAUGGACUCUGGUACAUCCCCUCGAGUAUAGACGGGAAACCACGAGUGUGGCAAUUGGCGAAGAACAGGGCCACGUCGUAACAAUUAGCAGCUACGGGAGGUGCGCCCCCGCCGACGGUUCCAGUAUUUGGGCCUUUGCAGGACCGAUUGUUGGGAUCCAUGUCAUCCUGAUGAUUGUCACCAACUUGCUUUUGUACCAGAUUUCGGAUUUGGAAGACCGCUACCAGGAACAGAAAUAUGUUGCACUGGCGUCCAUGUAUGUCUUUCAGGUGCUGGUCAUAGGUUUGCCGGUCUUGUUCUCGGUCGGAGACAGCACUGCUGCCAUUUUCUUGGUCCUUUCAGGUGUGAUCGCUCUUAACGACGUUGGCAUCCUGUCAUUUCUAUUUAUACCGAAAAUACACUUUCGAUCCAAAGGUCUUGCAGAAGGAAUUGGCAUUGGUGAAUCCCUUCGAAGAAGCACUAACCGAAAGGUACAAAUGCGCGAGCUGUCACGACAAAGCGGGCUCGACUCAAACUCUUCCCACCAUUCUUCAAGAUCUUGCUAUUCUGCUGCUUCGUCCAGAAAGCAGCAGGCGUUGCAUCUGGGGUCAACCGCGGCAGAAUCCACUACUGAUCAUCCAGUCGGAGACCGCAAAAAACCGAACCUGGAUAGCGCAAAUUUCAACGAGUUGAAGUAUGCAAUACUCGAGGAACGAUGCCACUUGUUAGAGCAACAGAACAGAGAAUUGGCGGACGAAAUCCGACACUUGAGGGGUUCCGACCUCCCAGCAGAGGAGGCGGCACCAGUGAAUGUUGAUCAAACUGAAGUGAGCGACAUGAGUAUAGGUUCCUUCGGUGAUGAGUCGUCAGGCAGUAGUUGA